GCAGCAGCAGCGGCGGCCUGACAGGGGUGCCGGGAGCAAGUUCUUUGAAAAAGUCACUCGAGAUGGCCGGAUCCUCUGGGCACUCUUUGCAGACGAUCAAGAAAGGGCACAGGAGCGUGGACUCCACAGGGGAAACCACCUACAAAAAGACAACAUCGUCCGCCCUCAAAGGCGCCAUCCAGCUCGGGAUCACCCACACGGUGGGAAGCCUGAGCACCAAGCCCGAGCGCGAUGUCCUCAUGCAGGACUUCUACGUAGUGGAGAGCAUCUUCUUCCCCGGUGAAGGCAGCAACCUGACGCCGGCCCAUCACUACAACGACUUCCGCUUCAAGACCUACGCCCCUGUCGCCUUCCGCUAUUUCCGCGAGCUCUUCGGCAUACGGCCGGAUGACUACUUGUGCUCCCUGUGUAGCGAGCCCCUCAUCGAGCUCUCCAACUCCGGGGCCAGUGGCUCCAUCUUCUACGUCUCCAGCGAUGACGAGUUCAUCAUCAAAACCGUUCAGCACAAAGAAGCCGAGUUCUUGCAGAAGCUGCUGCCAGGCUACUAUAUGAACUUGAAUCAGAACCCCCGUACUUUGCUGCCCAAGUUCUACGGACUGUACUGCGUGCAGGCGGGAGGCAAGAACAUCCGAAUCGUAGUGAUGAACAACCUCCUGCCCCGCUCCGUCCGGAUGCACCAGAAGUACGACCUGAAAGGCUCCACCUACAAACGCCGGGCGUCCCAAAAGGAGCGCGAGAAGGUCUUCCCCACCUACAAAGACCUGGACUUCAUGCAGGACAUGCAGGACGGCCUCUUCCUGGACGCAGACAUGUACAGCGCCCUGUGCAAGACGCUGCAGAGGGACUGUUUGGUUUUGCAGAGUUUCAAAAUCAUGGAUUACAGUUUACUCGUGGCCGUCCACAACCUUGACCUGGCUCAAAGGGAGCGGGCGGUCGUGGAUGGGUCCUCCCACGCUGACAUGCGGCGGCCCGCAGCCCAGAAGGCCCUCUAUUCCACGGCCAUGGAAUCAAUCCAGGGGGAGGCACGAAGGGGCGGCACUGUGGAGACCGACGACCAAAUGGGAGGGAUCCCAUCUCGAAACUCCAAGGGGGAGAGGCUGCUCUUGUACAUUGGAAUCAUAGACGUGUUGCAAUCUUACAGGUUCAUGAAGAAGCUGGAACAUUCCUGGAAGGCGCUCGUCCACGAUGGGGAUACGGUGUCAGUUCACAGGCCCAGCUUCUACGCAGAACGGUUCCAGCGGUUCAUGUGUAACAUGGUGUUCAAGAAAAUCCCCUUAAAACCGUCCCCCUCGAAAAAGAGCCGGUCGGGCAUUGCAGCUCCUCGACGGUCAGGCCAGAGCGGAGCGCCUUCCCAGACGCAAGGAAUGUACGAAACAAAAGUGCAGGUCACGACGGAGGCCGAGGUGGAGCCAGGUUCCCAGCUGGGCCGCCCAGACCUUCUCCCUCAGACUCCUCCCGUGGACGAAACAAACAGCGACUCUGCCGCCACCACGCUGUCCACCUCUUCUUUGGGGAGCAGGGGCUACAACUCCCCAGCCAACAGUGCUUCCCCCGGACCCUCCGUGUCAGACCAGCCGUCAGGGCUGACGGAGCCGUUUGAGGAUUUGCCCGAGACAGAGAUCAGCUUUUGAAAUGCGGGGUUCUUUGAUGGAAGCAGAAGAUUUCUUCCUGGUCUGUGACGUCUGAGAAACCUGCAGCCCUCCCAGGCAGCUGGUA